AUGGCAUCCAACGUUCCAAUGCCGACCGGCUACCACUUCAGGCCUUCUCCGAGGGAGCUGGUGAAAUCAUACCUUCGACGCAGGUUGUUGAAGCAACCCCUACCAUGCGGGCUUAUCAAGGAUCUGAACAUCUAUGAUUUCCACCCUAGGGAUAUCCUGAGCAAUGCACCUGCCGGCAAGCAUCUGUAUUUUUUCACUCCAAGAAAAACGAAAAAUCCCAAUGGAACAAGGUCUGCUCGUGGAAUAAAUGGGGGAUAUUGGAAGGCCUCUGGAAGAGAUAUAAUCAUUAGAGAUGAAACUAGAAGGGAGAUUGCCCAUAGGAAGUUUCUUGUCUUCUAUGAAGGGCACCAACGUGACGGAAGAAGAACAAGUUGGAGGAUGCAAGAGUACACUAUUAAGGAAUUCUGGUUUCCUACCAACCAAAACAAUAGUGAGCUUGGUGCUCUGGCUUUGUGUGAAAUAUUUUCAAAACCAACAUUAGAUCAGUCAAGAGAUGGUGAGGUUCAAGUAGAUGAAGAGGAAGAGGAAGACGAAGGCAUGGCAUCCAACGUUCCAGUGCCGACCGGCUACCACUUCAGGCCUUCUCCGAGGGAGCUGGUGAAAUCAUACCUUCGACGCAGGUUGUUGAAGCAACCCCUACCAUGCGGGCUUAUCAAGGAUCUGAACAUCUAUGAUUUCCACCCCAGGGAUAUCCUAGGCAAUACACGGGCAGGUAAGCAUCUAUAUUUUUUCACUCCAAGAAAAAAGAAAUAUCCCAAAGGAACAAGGCCUGCUCGUGAAACAAAUGGGGGAUAUUGGAAGGCCUCUGGACGAGAUAUGAUCAUCAAAGAUAAAAAUAAAAAGGAGAUUGGCCACAAGAAGUUUCUUGUUUUCCACGAAGGGCACCAACGUGAUGGAAGAAGAACAAGCUGGCUGAUGCACGAGUACACUAUUAAGGAAUUCUGGUUUCCUACCAAUCAAAACAAUGACAAGCUUGGUGCUCUGGCUUUGUGUGAAAUAUAUUUAAAACCAACAUCAAAUCGAUCAAGGGGUGGUGAGCUUCAAGCAGUUGAGGAGGAAGAAGGAUCUGCUUAUUCUUCGGAUGAUAGCGACAUCGAGGAUAACAUAAUUGCUGAUCGUCUAAUCCGACCCCAUCCAGCUCAAUGCAACCAUGACAACGACCGACGUAGAGCCCCGAUCGCUUUCACCAAUGAGUGCCCAUUAGGCUCUCCAUCAGCAUGCGGCUCCAGUACAGCGAGGCCCGUGCCUUCCACGCCAUUAUUGGGCUACAACAACAUGCAAGGCCACAACAUGGUACUAAUUCCCCAAUAUAUCCUCGGGCCAAGUGGUCCUCUCCAACCUGAGGCUUCGUACCUCUGUAAUCGGACUGCAAUGCCGGGGUCUAAUCCGGAGCAGCCCGACUUCUUGGUUCAUUCGUUCUACUGUCCCUAUGCGCCUUCAUCAUCCUCCGGAAACCAAAUGAUGCCACCACCACAGCAUGGAGAAUUGCCAUCACCGGAGUUUGGUGUUGCAACUGCUUCAUCCUCGCAAUAUGAAGUGUCACCACAGCGCAUGCCACCGUCACAGUUAUACUUGGAAGCAAGCCAGCUCAUGCCAUCAGCCUUCGAAACAACUCUGUGGCCACCACCACGUCCCUUGAGGUGAUGGAGGAGAACAUCUAGAUUUUCAUGCUCGGUAAAAUAUAUUAUUAGGAAUUAAGGGUUCUUUUUUUGUUGGAAGAAUAACAAUCAAGUUUGAAAUGAGGUUAAAUUUCUGGUUUUAGUUUUCUUACAAGUUCUAUUAGUCUCGGUUGCUUGCUUACUAGGUGGUAGGGGAUUUACUUAUUCACAUGGAGCAUGACUCCUAUUUUAGAAUAUUCUUUAAUCAAGGAAUUAAUGGAUGGGAUUCAUCGAAUAAAUUUCUCUUA